UCUUCGCGUUCUCCGUGGUCUUAAAGCUCCUGAAACGCAGUUUCCGCGAAUCCGUGCUAUAGUAGACGAGAUAAGUAGUGCGCUGUGGUGAUGUUGGAUGUCAGAUUGCCCUGUGUCGAUAGAGGUGACUGAAAAGGGUGGACGAAACACUAGAGGAUUGCAUUGAGAGUUAUCACAAAUGCAUUCACCAUGGACUCCAAUGUCGGUCUUGACUACAUUGUUGAUAACCCGGAUUAUUGCAAAAAACUUGCUUCAGCUCUCGACACGGCGUGCACUUCCGUGAAGAAACAAGUUGUCGAGUUAUUAUCAGCGCUCUGUGUGUACAGCCAGGAUGGUAGACAACGUGCUAUCGAUACUCUUCACAUAUACCAGGAUAAAAAGAGCGAACGCUAUCGACUAAGAGUCAUUGUCGACGAGUUACAAAAAACAACAACUGAGGAUUAUCAAGCGACAUUGUUGGCAUUCAUAAAUUGCCUGGUUAUCUCGACGCCGGUCCUCAAGGACCGCGUUCGUAUGCGUAAUGAAUUCAUUGGAUUGAAACUGCUUCCUAUUCUCAAUGACCUAAGGCAAAGCCAGUAUCCGGAGCUGAGGGUCCAGCUGGAAGUCUUCGACGACCAGAGAGAAACUGAUGAAGAGCUCGCGAAUCAAGGGCCGCCUGGAAUAGAUCUCUCGUCCCACGUCGACGUCUUCUACGCUAUUUUAGGCCAGAUUGCAGAUACGCCGCAAGAAAUAGCUUUCUUGAGUAUCCUACAGCAUCUGCUGCGGCUGGAUCCAAAGGAGCCGGCAAGUGAUCUCGCUUGGGACACCGCUGAGACGUUGGUGCACCGAGCGACUCUUCUUGAGAGCCGCAAUGACGCGACUAAGCUCUUGAGAUCACCGAGUCUUCAAACGAAUUUAUGUUGCCAUUGUCGAGGCGCCGAUCAAACCUGCGGCUCGACACGCAAAGCGUCUCUGCCGACAAGUAGUCCGGCACCUUUGCCGCCCCCGCUUCCGUCAGGUGUAACUUCAUCGUCAAUAGUACCAGUUCCUUCAGCUGGAACACCAGCAGCUCAAAGUCCACCCACAAGUAUUGCGUUGGCACCGCCGCCUCCUCCGCCGCUUCUUGUCACCGUCACUGCUCCUGAUGCAGUAAUGGAACCUCCUCUACCUCCACCUCUACAUGUCCCAGCAGUUAAUCGCAUCCCAACACCCGAACCGCCUAGUAAUAAUGCCAAGCUUUUACCUCAGCAGGAAAUUCCCACGCCAAAGUCCAAAAUGAAGACGAUCAACUGGAAUAAAAUUCCCAAUCACAAGGUCAUUGGCAAGAGAAACAUUUGGUCGUUAGUUGCUAAUGAACAUCAGAAUUCCCCGAUGGCUGACUUAGAUUGGGCUGAAAUGGAGGGACUGUUUUGUCAACAAGCACCGCCUAUUUUACCUCCAGCAACUUACACUUCGUCCAGCGGAACUGGUCUUGAUACUGAGCGCCGUCGUCGUGAACCCAUGGAGAUUGCUCUGUUGGACGGCAAAAGAAGUCUGAACGUCAACAUAUUCUUGAAACAAUUCCGCAGUUCGAACGAAGACAUAAUUCAGCUGAUCCGCGAUGGAGGACACGAUCAUAUCGGAGCUGAAAAACUACGCGGUCUUCUUAAAAUUCUGCCCGAAGUAGACGAGCUAGAGAUGCUUAAGAGUUUCGAUGGGGACAAAUCGAAACUUGGCAACGCUGAAAAAUUUUUCCUUCAACUCAUUCAAGUGCCAAAUUAUAAACUGAGGAUAGAGUGUAUGCUGCUCAAAGAAGAGUUUGCCGCUAACAUGAACUACCUGGAGCCGAGUAUUGACUCAAUGAUACUCGCCGGCAAAGGUUUGAUGACUAACAAACAGCUCCAAGAGGUGCUAUACAUGGUUCUGGUUGCUGGCAACUUCCUCAAUUCAGGCGGAUACGCUGGGAAUGCAGCGGGCGUAAAAUUGUCAUCGUUACAAAAAUUAACGGAAAUACGAGCGAACAAACCGGGAAUGAAUCUGAUUCAUUACGUCGCACUACAAGUUGAGAGAAAAAAAAAAAAUUUACUUGACUUCUCUCAUAAAAUGAGCGCUUUGGAGCCGGCUACUAAAACAACAAUCGAACAAUUGACAAACGAAUUCAACGCACUGGAUACGAAAAUAAAGAAAAUAAAAAAUCAAAUUCAGUUAUCGUCGACCGAAAGCGACAUUCAGGAACAAAUGGCCCAAUUUUUGCAAAUGGCAGAGCAGGUGAUGGCGCAAUUAAAACGCAAUAUGGAAGAAUUAGAAGGCGUGAGACGUACAUUAGCCGAAUUUUUCUGCGAAGACAUAAAUACUUUUAAAAUAGAAGAGUGUUUCAAAAUAUUUCAUCAGUUUUGUUUGAAGUUCAACCAAGCGAUCGCCGAAAAUGAGAGACGACGGAUACAAGAGGAGCAAGCGACUGCCAGACGUAAACAACGCGAAGAACAACUGCUGGCUAAAAAGCGGCUCCUAAAUAACGCGGCUGAUACUCCCGGUUCCGAGUCUGAGAGCAAUUUAAUGGAUUACGGGCUAUUAGACAUUCAAAGUUUCGCUAGACAGUCGUAUAAUCGCAGCGAAGCUAAAAUAAAAAGACUACAAAAUGGCGGCGUUACUUCUGACGAAGAUAUAUCGAUUACCGGGUCUCCGAGUAUCAGACGUCGACUUGGAUCCUGCUCAGGUGGUCCCGAUCAGCAAAUUACCAAAGAAGAUACUUAUUCGCCGGACAUUACUCCCAAUGGAACUCUGCGUCGACGAAGAAGUCGCAUUCCCUGCGAAGACAACGACGACAAUUUAAUGGACUUUUUGAGAACUUCGGGACAAGACAAUACUCGGGAACGAAAAUCUUGGGGAAGUUUGGAUCGAUCGUGGGCGAGAAGAGCUAGAGGGCAGCCUCGUCGCAGCGAUUUAUUGAACGCCGAUUUUUCAGGCGACCGCGAAAGACCGAAUUCCCCGUCUCCGUUGGCGGAAAAUAAAGCGUUUUUGCAAGAAGAAGAAACGAAACCUACUGGACGAGCAUGGAGACAAAAAAUCGAGGCUUGGUUGUCGGAAAAUGAAAAGGAAGAACGUGCGGGUGAAGAGUUGCAGCGAAGAGCGCGACAGUUGCAGGCCAACCGAAAGUCCUUCGAAGAUUCUGAAAACGAAGGCAAGACGAAUGCGACGGAAGACAAUUCACGCGCUGGCUACUCAAAUGUCUAUGACUGGCGUCCUUCAGUUGAGAAGACUGACGUAAUGCGAACUAUGGAAGCUAUCGAAGAAGCUCAACCAGAUUCAGCAGAAACAGACAAGUCACCUUGGAGAAAGUCGAGUCUCAAUGUUCUAAACAGUCCCGAAGAAAUCGACUCGAGGUACUCGCGGCGAAUACGCUCCCGUCUCACCAACGACAAUGUCCUGGGUUCGAGUACAUUGCAAGCGAUAAGAGAAGAGGAACGGAAGAAAAAUAAACCAAAUGAAACAGUUAACGAUGGACAAGACGAGCUGACUAUUUAUCUACGCACCCCAAGUGUAUCCGCGCCAAGUUCAGCCGUCCGCAGAUUUUCAAAGUCUGCUAGAAAGACCGAGGAAGACAAAGUGAGCGAUAAGAUUGAGAUUGAUUCAGAUAACAUUGAAACCCCGCCAGUGACACGCCGAGUUUUUAGUCCACCUCGUGAAGUCAAACCCGUGGAGAAGGAACCGUGCAAACGGGAGAGAUGCAGCAGUUCUAUUACGGGACGGGAGUACACUAAAGUGAGUGCCAGUAAGCCGGCAGUCGCGGAAAGUGAUCUUGGAAGCGGUAAUUUUGAUCGGUAUGCCGCGGCACGUAAAACCAGACGUUAUAAAAAGAGUCAGGAUAAUCCUGCAGAUAAAGACAGCUGCGGAAAGCCCGAAAGUAAUUCCUCGGAUACUCUGGCUGAUGAUAAACCUCAGAGACCGAACACUCUGUCACUGGAAGACAACGAUCUGGAUGAAGAUAAAAUGCUGAGACUGUGGCAAGAUAAAUUGAAGCGUCGGCAUGCGUCAAAUGAUUUCGAGUCUGCUUUGACGGAGGUCGCUGCCAAGUCUGCGGAGGAAGUUAAUCAGCGGUUAGCACGACAUAGAAGUUCUAGGCUGCCUAUUACGCAGCCCGCGCCAGUUAUUGCUGUGACUAACACUGUUCUGAGUCCGGUGAUGCAGGAAUCUCGGCCAAGGGAAACGACUCCGGUGUGGCCGGAACGGGCGGUCUCUUGUCGAGAAAGACACCGCAGUAUGAUUGAUCCCAGUCAGGUGCGCGAGGCCUUGAGAUUAACCAGCAAUCCACCCAGUCGGGUUAAUAAUGAGCCGAAUGCGGUCAUUGUUAACUCUAAUGGCGAUCGCGAAUUGCUCCCCGCACUUCGUGUCACUUCUCCCGAGCCGCAAAUCGACCAGGUCGAUCGCGUUGUCAAGGAAGCCCCGAGGAUUAGUGACUUGCAGGGCAAAGUUGAUUCAGUAACGAGCUCAAAGACAGCAGAUACUGCUGAUGAUAAAAAUUCGUCUAGUCCUAGUAAAAAUUCGUCGGUAUUUAGGAGUAAGUUUAUUCCCGACAUGAAUAUUUCGUCAAACUCACCGCUGGUUAAAGGCAAAGAACAGGAACUCAAUGACGAAGGCUUUGAAGAGACACAGAGCCUCGUUUCUGAGACACUGAGCCAGGAAACUUCAUCAGGAAAUUAUGAAACUGACAUUCACGACUCGCCGCGAUGCUCACCCGCGGAAAUGCGGUACGUCAAAGAAGCUGAACCUCCUAAGCGCGUAAUAGGAAAGGACGAAAUCGCGAGAUUGAAGUCUUUUAGAUCAAGAACUAAACCAGCUCAAGAAAAUGAAAAAACUACUUCCAGUUAUUUAACAAAAAAAUCUGAAAGUCCCAAGCGCGAGAUACUGAAGAAAACUGACUCGAGCAAAAAAAUAGUUCCGCUUAUAAAAGCCAGUGGGACGCGCAACCCCGUCGAGAGAUCGACUUCCAAAAGCAGCUUGAGAAGCUCAAGGAGUUCGUUGAACAGCGCGAGCUCCGUCAAUACUGUCCGCAAGUUGGCUCCGAGUCAUCCCCAGCUCCGAGGGUACACCUCAGCAAUCUGUGCAAUGACGAGCGACCUGCGUAAGAACCCAAGUCCACUUACUAACGCCGUCAAAGACGCCGACAAGCGACAAACGAGCUCGCGGAUCGCCACGACAAAGAUUCCCGCCAGCAGAAGCAGCAGCAGUGAAAGCAGCGUUGGUCCCGUGGUGCGAAGUGUUCGAAAAAUUCAAUCAGGAACAAGUGACACCACACGACCAAGAGCUGUGGUCUCCCGAAGCAGCAGCAGUGUUUCCACUACACCUUUGCUACAAAACCGAACUCCGAGCUCAAAGACUUUGACAUCUACUCCCAGCAGGAGUAAAUUGGUCCAGCCGCGUAACCACAGUUUCAUGAGACCGACCGCAGCUAGUGUCAAUAAAGGGUCAAUAUCAAACUUACCUAGAAGCAUUAAAAGUCUGGUUAAAUGAUCAAUCGACUAACUCGAGUAUAAAUAAUUAAAUUUUAAACUUACGUAUUAUCUAUAAAUAAAAUCGGACUGAUUAAAAUGCUUUAGAUGUAAUGCGAUCGCGGUCUCACGUUUAUCAAGGAAACUAGUAUUAUAAGAUCUUUAAAAAAUUUAUUAACUCCUACUAACCGUCGGUAUAUAUAUAAAUAUAUAUAAAGUAUAAGUAAAACUAAAAAAAUCAAAGUAGUCUUGUAAGAACGUUCUAUAGAUAAAUAUAGAUGAUAAAUAUAUAUGAUAAAAAAUUACAGCACGAUUUAAAAUGUCACGGUUCUGGUUAUUACAGUCGAUAAAUUUUAAAAAACUCAACGAUUACCAAAGUUUGACGAAACCAAUAAAAACCUACUGAUUUAAAUGCCUGCUUAGUCUUUUUCUAUACGAGCGAGAUAGUAAUUAUCUGUUAUUGAAAUAAUUAAAAUUAUCUUAGAUAAUUUUACUUGAGUUUUAUCUUACGCAGAGUAAUUAUUGUUUUAUAAAAAUAAUAAAUAUAAACAAUAUAAUAAUAAUAUUAAUUUUAUAAAGAUCCAAGUGCCAUGUGACUUGUGACGGAGCUGGGUUAUUUUUUACGCAAACAAUUUCUCCAAUAAAUUUAUUAAUUUAUAAUCGUAAUUGCCGGUCACUUAAUUAUCUCCGAGGCAUUCACUUAAUUUAUAAAAUUUAUAAAUAAUUAUAUACUGGUAUUUUAAUUAUUUACCCAGAUAAUUGUUUUUAAUUAUCAUUAUUAUUGAUUAAUAAAUUAAAGAGGAUUAAUCAAAAUUGUUAUAGUAUUUUAUAAUUUAUAAUAAAUAUUGAAGAUAAUAAAUAAAA